UUAAAAUUAAAAAGGAAACAUUAGCAGUAUUAAUAAAUUGCAUACUACUAUUAUUCUUUUUCUGCACAUCCGAGUGGUGGCCAACGAUGUUGACGUUCGCGGCGAGUUUGACAAUUUGUAAUAAUUUCGGAGUGUAACUCAUGUUUGUGUCUAUACUUUGCAGUUGUUUGAGUUAUCUACAAGAUAGUGAGGAAUUGAUUCCAAAAAUGGCGUGAGCCAAUCAUUCUUAAUGUUUAUGACAUGAUAAGUUGUAAUUUGGGAUACUCCUCUUCUGCAUAUAAUGGCAAACAGAAUUCCACAACGAUUUUCAUCAUAUAAAGUAUAUACACGAAAUAAUAUAAUAUAUUUAUAUUAAUUAUUAGCGAUUUUUUGAAGUCGACAGAGGUGAAAAACCUCUUAAAAUAAUUAAAAAUACAGAUGAUAGUGUUAAAAUCAACGAUACGUCUGAUAAGCGAAACAUAAAGAAAUAUGGCUCGAAACUUGACUCUACUGGCAGUCCACCUCGAUCCAGGAGCACCACGAAAGAACUUAUUCAAUGCUGGGAAGAAGCAGAGCGAUGACAAAUCGCCGAAGAUCGUGAACCAUUUAACAAGCAAGUAUAUGAAAGACGGCGAGGCUGUGACGCUCAGUUGCCGAAUAAUCGGUGCAAAAACGUUCGACGUAGUGUGGCUGCACAACAAUAAGGAGAUUAAGCCUAGCAAAGAUUUCCAAUACACUAAUGAAGCAAACAUCUACAAGCUAGUCAUUGCCGAGAUAUUCCCCGAGGAUUCCGGCACUUACACAUGCGAAGCUUUCAACGAUGCAGGAGAGAGCUACUCGUUGUGCACCGAUGUAUUGUGUAUUAAGCAUACUCGAUGAGAAAUCGGCUAGUUAUCAUCAACCGUAUCACAGAAAAAUUGGCGAAGACGACCUUUGUUCCUCAUUUCGAUUUUACUUUUAAUUUUACUUUUAAUUCUAUUUCCUUUGAAAUACAAUUAUGAAAUACAAUUAUCGCAAAGCGUUUCUAAAGAAAUACAAUUAACACAAAAAAUUAAUAUUCAAAUCGAACAAGAUAAAAAUGAGCAUUUUCAAAAUAAAGAUCAACAUUUAUAUCCAGAAGUUUUACAAUUAAUGUAAAGUGCUUCAAACAAUGUUAUGGAAGUAUUAGUCAAUAAUAUUCAGACGGAAAGAAAUAUAAUUAAAUGUUCUCAAAAUAAUAAGGAAAA